AUGCAUCAGCAGGCGCUGAAGUUGAAGAAGAAGGUGCUGGGACCAGAGAAUCCCCCCUUACUCAACAGCAUAAACAACCUGGCAGAAGUCCUUCAAAGACAGGGGAAGUAUGAUGAGGCAGAGCAGAUGCAUCGACAGACACUGGAGCUGAGGGAGAAGGUGCUGGGACCAGGGAACCCCUCCACAUUCGUCAGCAUGGACAACCUGGCACUCGUGUUGUGA